UAGAACACCGGGAAUCAAUGAAGUAGUUAUUUACUCGACAAACGACAGGGAAGGUCGUGCCACUCGCGGAUUCAACUUCAGAGGAACUUGCAUUGAGGACAGAGAAAGAGGGGCUCGCAGCGACAGUGUUUUCGCGAUCGUUCAACCAGCAUGGUGAUCGACGAGCUCAAAGUUUCUUGCAGGAGGCCUCAUAUUGUAGCGGUGGCUUACCUCUCGCAGGGUCACAUUAAUCCUCUCAUUCACUUCUGCCUCAAGCUCGCUCACCACGGGAUCCUGGUAACGUUCGUGACGAUCCACGUCGACGGGUUUCUGGGAGUGGGGCAAAGGAAAGAUCCAGAGGUCCCAGAGCACUGGAAGAACAACUUUAACUUCGAGCGCCUCGAGCUGGAGCUCCCGAAAGAGGGUGUGAUGUCCCCGGGUGGAUUUGCUAAGAUCUUCGCGAUGAUCGAAGAGCUCGGAGGCCCUUUCGAGGAGCUGCUGUCAAAGCUCCACUCUCGAGAAGAGAUACCAAAGGUAAGUUGUAUCGUUUCCGACUGUAUGCUCGUGUUCACUCAGGUAGUCGCCAAAAAACUCGGCAUUCCGAGAGCUGGAUUUUGGACGACUUCGCUGGCUUCUCUCACGGUCGAUUAUCAUGUUCCACUUCUCCUGGAGAAUGGUGAUAUUCCAGUCACUGGAGAGAACUGGGAGAAGAUCAUAACUUAUGUCCCGGGACUGGCUCCUCUUCCGGCUUGGUCACUUCCGAUCAUGUACCACGAAGGGAAUAUCAUGACCACCACGGAUCCUGGAUACAAGCGGAAGAUCGCAAGGUGCGUGAUCUUGAGAGACGAUGCUUGGAUCAUAGCAAAUUCUUUCGAGGAACUCGAGCCGGCAGGAUUCCAGGCACUCCGGAAGGCCAUGAACCAGCGGUGCAUCGGCGUGGGGCCAUUGCUCCCCGACGGGUUCUUCGGCGAAAGAGGAGAUUAUGACGAGCAUCGCAAGGUGGUGGCUCCAGGUGUCGCAAGUUUCUGGAAACAAGACACCACUUGCCUUAAGUGGCUCGCUGGGAAAGCUCCAAACUCGGUACUGUACAUCUCGUUUGGAAGUGUCAUCAAGCUCACACUUCCAGAGUUUGAGGAACUCUCUAGAGGCCUGGAAUCGUCCAAGCAGGCUUUUCUAUGGGCUUUUCGUCCAGGAUGUGUGGAAGGACUCGAGAUCGAGGAAUUGGAAUCGUUCAAGGAGAGAACGAGCUCGACCGGACUGGUCAUAAGCUGGGCUCCUCAAGUGGAAGUUUUGUCGCACGAAUCCACAGGUGGAUUCUUGACGCACUGUGGAUGGAACUCAGUCUUGGAGGGGAUUUGCGGAGGCGUUCCAAUGCUGGGAUGGCCAAGACAAGCCGAACAAAACAUAAACUGCGAGCUCUUCGUGGGGAUGGGAAUCGGGUUGAGGCUAGUGGAAGCAAACCAGAGUGGCCGCUAUCAGGCUUGUCCAACGAGCGACGUGAUUGCUUCCAAGGUCUCGAGAGUUCUUGGUGAUGAAGGACUGAGGAAAAGAGCAGGGGAGCUUCGAGAUUCUGCCAGGAGAGCCGUGAAAAACCAAAGCGGUUCUACUACGACACAUGUGGAAGGCUUCGUGAGAUACCUGUACGGAGAGUCUCUUUCGUAAUGUCUUUCUACAUUGAUAAUAUUUUUCUAACAACUAAGUAAAUAAAACUUGGAUUAUAUUUAUUUAGCA